GUGGUGGCGCAGGUCUCGAGUUUCCAGGAGAGAUAUCACAGGGUGAAGUUGGGAUCAUUGCCAUGGAAGAAGUGUGGCUGCAUGAGGGAGGUUCUUCCAGAAGUGAUGCCAGAGAUAACCCUAGAUGCUUUGGAGGUCUGCACCGUGUACCGGGCUCAGCUCUGGGGUCCAGGCGUCUUCCAGUGCUGCAUCACAGGCCUCGGCUUCGAGGUGAAUUCGGCAGUGACCAUCACCUACGGAUACGCUACCUGGAACAGUCAUCUGAGCGAGGCUGACCAGGAAAUGUGGGUGCCCGCUGGACCCCUCUUCCACAUCGAGGUGCAGCCCGGGGUCGUGGAGGCAGUGCACCUCCCUCACUUCAUCUGCCUGGCAGGAGAUGUGGAUACCAGCCUGUGCUCCAUUGCCCACUUCAAAUCUGGGCAGAUGGCCCUGGAGACACCAACCAGAGUGAUUCCUUUCUCUGCUGUCCUGGAGAAGCCGAACUUCUCACUGCUUGGUGUGCUUUGGAGGAAGUUACGUUCGACCUUAAAAUCAAUCCCUGCUCACUCCGUCGUGCUGAUCUUCCAUCAGCUCAGAGCUGCAGUUACAACACUUCACCUCUACCUGAUCCCAGAUGACAAGUGUGUGAGGCGGGCCAUUGAAGAGCAAGAAAACAGUUGGGAUUCAAAGCUUAUUCCCAAGCCUCCUCCAUUUAACCAGCUCUUCUUUGGCUGCACAUACCGAGUGACCAGCACAAAUUCUGUGGAGAUAAUGCCUGAAGUAAGUGGGAUAUUUUCUUUUUUGUUGUUGUUGUUUUUUUCCCCAGUGAAAUAG